CUCUGCUAUUCUCGGGGCUGCCAACUGAUAUUGCCUGAGUGGAAGGAAGCCUAAUUUUCCCCAUCCCGCCAGUAUUCCUCGCUAUUUCCUUAGUCGAGAAGACAAUCUGACGGUUCCGCUUCCCUGGGAGUGAUUGUAGGAGGGCGAAAAGGCCCUAUGAUCUAUCAUUUGUGGAAUCAGGCAUCCUUUGGGCUCCUUUAAUCCUUCCCAUUGGCCCCCGCGGCAGCAGCUGCGGCAGGAAGAAAAAGAAGAAGUAGUGGUAGUACCCACGUGCUUGGACAAAAUGCCUAAGUCCAAGCGGGACAAGAAGGUCUCCUUGACAAAAACCACCAAAAAAGGCUUAGAAGCUAAACAGAACUUAAUAGAGGUGCUCCGGAAAUGCGUGGACACCUACAAGUAUCUCUUUAUCUUUUCCAUCGCCAACAUGAGAAACAACCAUCUGAAGGAUAUUCGGAAUGCCUGGAAACACAGCAGGAUAUUCUUUGGGAAAAACAAAGUGAUGAAGGUGGCCCUGGGACGGAGCCCAACUGACGAAUACAGAGAUAAUUUACACCAGGUCAGUAAGCUUCUGCAGGGAGAGGUUGGACUCCUCUUCACCAAUCGCACCAAAGAAGAAGUCACAGACUGGUUCUCCCAAUUUAAAGAGACUGAAUUUGCCCGUGCCGGGAAUAAGGCAACCUUCACUGUCAGCCUGGAUAUGGGGCCCUUAGAACAGUUUCCCCACUCCAUGGAGCCUCAAUUGCGGCAACUCGGGCUACCGACAGCGCUGAAAAAAGGAGUGGUGACCCUAAUUUCUGAUUACAAGGUCUGCAAAGAGGGGGAUGUCCUGACCCCUGAACAAGCUCGCAUUCUGAAACUCUUUGGCUACACCAUGGCAGAGUUCAAGGUGACAAUCAGGAGCGUGUGGCAUGCUGAGACAGGAGACUUCGAACAGCUGGCUGAAGACAUGGAGGACAUUGUGGAAGAGAUGGAGAACAGUGAUGAUGAGAUCGAGGAUGACGACAAGUAGGCAGACAAGGGACUGUUGUACCCCAAAGGGCUGAUCCAUGAAAUCUGAUCAACUAAGGAUUUUAUCAGAUCAAUCUUUUUGUAUAUAUAUAUAUAUAAACACGUAAGAAGAGCUUCUAAA